CUGGCUGAACACACAGGAGUUUCCUUGCAGUAGGUGCUUAAUCAUGAUGCUUGAUCACCAGCUCUGCAAGCUGUUCUCUAAGUAGCACCGGAUCUGCUGCUGCUGCUAAACAUCAAUAUUUCCAUUAAAACCAGCACCUAACCUGUUUUCCACACAGAGUCACCUGGGAGAAACAGACAACAUGACCUGCAUCAGGUUUACAGAGUUCCUGCUUUUCCUUCUCCUCCUCCUUCAUGAGGUCUACAGUGACAAUCUAGAACCGGCUGUCAGGGCAGAGGGCGAAGUUAUUGAGAUGGGAUACUGUUUCGGAUUGGAUUAUAUUGUUGUUUAUAGAUCUGUUCCAGAGGGAGACCAACUGCUUGGCAACUCUUCAAACAAGAACAUGCCCAACACACCACCUGCAGACCUACAGGGUCGUACCCACAUCAGUAACGAUCCCAGCCUGCUCGGGUUUCAAAUCAGUAACCUCACUCUCUUGGACUCUGGGAUUUAUAGGAGGGAAUGUUGGAAGAACCAGACGAUAAUCAGCCAGAAGACACAGCAGCUCACUGUGUGUAAGGAGCAGAUUGAAUCUGAAGAGAUAAUUGUAAGUAAAGACGGUAAAGGGACUGAGAUCUUGUGCAAUAGCAGUGCCAUUGGCUCCGAGGGAACAUCUGUACGCUGGUACCAUGAAAUGUAUCCGUCUUACGAGCCCACACUCUUCCUGGAUAGCAGUGUUUCGCUGAAGCCUCUGGAGCUUGCAGGUCUUGUAGAUGUAAGAGACAACGGUGCAUUGCUCGUGUUCAACAACAUGUUACUGAAAACCACACACUUUAAGUGUCUUGUGAUGAAAGGUAUCAACUGUCUUAGUUUCCAAAUCAUGCACCCACCAGAUGAGAGUGAAAGCAAGGAUGUUUUUGUCUCACUGGGGGACAGAGUGGUUCUAAAUUGUUCUAUUGAUGAGGGUGAGCAGGCGUGGGAGACUCCACUGGGAAGAAUUGAUGGUAACAAGAGGGACAGUCCAAUGUACAUAUCAGCUGAUGACUUCUCACUGGUUAUACCUGCCAUCUCUGGAGACUACAUUGGAGACUAUUCAUGCAUCUCCCCCUUGCGUGAGAUGCAUUACUUAUUGUUUCUUUGCCCCAAAAACAAACUCCAAGAAAAAGUUGCUGAUGAAGGUGAAAAUGUCUCCCUGAUGUGCGAUUUUGGCCAAGAUGUUUCAGCAAUAGUGCAGUGGCACCACUAUGGACUUACAGGGCACUAUGAGAUCAUCCACGACUCACAGGACAAAACUGUUCUCGUCCCUAAAGAUCUACGAGGCAGAGUGACUCUAUCUGAGGAUGGAAGUUUGCUGACUAUCAACGACCUGCAGAUGUCAGAUGGAGGAAAGUACUUGUGUGCUGUUCUUAACACCCUGGAAUUCCAGGGGAAUUAUACAGAUUAUGAUAAAGAUUAUGAUGAGAAAGAUACUGUAGAAGAUGAAAUAGACAAAGAGUGGACAGAAUCUCUGGAUUGCAUUUUUAAACAGGAGAUCAUUUUGAAUGUAACCAGUGCUCUGCCGCAGCAUACUGCAUAUGCUGUGGCGGGAGUACUGGUGGUGCUGCUGGUGUUAGUUGGAGUGAUUGUCACAGUAGUGGUGGUAAAGAACAGGUUAAAGAGAAAAGCAUCAAACAUGGACAUAAAGAUGGAUAUGGAUCCUGGCUGUUCUGAAAGGCUAACUGCAUCUGAUUAAUUUUGCCUAACAGCUUUUGUAAAAUAGCUGCAAGACAUUUUAAUAUCCACCUGAUGCACGCUGUGCUGUAAAAUCUGUACAAAUGUGUAACUAUAUUCACCAGUUGGUUUUUAUGAAAAAGUAGUAUUUAUGCUUUCAGUUUGCCUUUAUGUGACUUUUCUCCUUCCUUGUCAGUUGCUAAUGACUAUAGAUUUGUUAAAAUAAAAUGUAAUUUCAACAUCCUGUUUUUACUUAAGACUGAAAACGUGGAAAAAUUAGUUGUUUUUUUAACUUUGUUUUUAGUGUACAGACCAAGCAGCCAGUGCAGUGCAAAAGGAUCAUAGCUAUCAUGUUUUCAACUUAUCUGAUGGUGCAACAAUUUUUGCAUGGCUGUAAUGUAUUAAAUGAUGACUAAAAACCAGUUGGGCUACUCUACUGUCAACAGAUUGUUUGUUGCCAGUCACAGGGAGAGCAACAGUCAGAAAGUCCCUUGAAGCUUCAAUGUCAAAGGCUUCAGACAAGUAAAUAUUUUUCUCUUUGGGGUUCUUCCAUUUUCACUGUGCUGCACAUAAUGAAUGUCAUUACAGUUAAUGCUAACAUGUUCACACCACAAAUCAGUGGUUAGUAGUUUAACUAAUUGCAUUUUCAUAUGGGUGCAAAGAGUGGCAAGAAAUACCUCAACAAUCAUUUGAAGUCUGAUAAUCGUGAGUUCAAUAUCCAUUCUCCUUUCUGCUCAGUUCUGUUCUUCAUGAACUCCUGAGGGAAAUAUCUGGCUCUUUAGCAGCUAAAUGCUGUUUGGUUUGUUGUUUGGUGCCGAACAGAUAGUGUACAGUGGGCUUGUAGGGCUAUUUUUUUUCUCUUACUGGAAACAGCUGCUGCUGGAAAACAGAUUAAUGAAAGAAAUGAGAAUGGACCAAAACAUUAAAGCUGCAGGCUGUGAAAUCAGUUAAUGACUUACAACAUGCUAGCAGAGUCCAGUAAUGAUUCCCAGUGAGACAAUCACCUUCCAUCAUCUGUAACUAAACAUAUGAUGUGUUGUUAUUAUGAAACCUCCGCAAUAUGUUGUUGUUGUUUUUUAACCAUGAAAAUUUGCUACAAAAUUAUUCCUCAAAAUAUCUGGGUGGAUUAGUUGAUAAAUCUGUGCUUGCAUAUCUCACAUUUGUGUAUGCAAAUUCUGCUGCUGUUGUAAACCUCAUUGAAUACAAUUACAUAUACUGCAAUAUUCAGUCAAUGUCAUCUGUAGCUCCUGAACAAGUUUAGCAGUGUACUGCUGCAGUGUGUACAUCAGUAUUGAUCCGAUAUUGCAGUUUAUUGUUUGGGAAACACAAAAUGAGACACAGUGUAUAAAGUGAUUAUAUACUGCACAUUAUUGACUAGCUGACUGUGUUUACAUUGAUUAAACUGUGCAUUUUAUUAAACGUGAUAUUAUACUGAGGAAGUUUAUGUUUUAAGAAAAUAUGAGGUGCUGCUGCAGUGGCACAGUCCCUUGCUCACGAAACUGAGUCUUUUUUUUUUUUUCAAGCUCACAUGAAUUUGAAUAAAUAUUUUCAAAACAGGA